AUGGAGAAUGUUACUCUUUUUCAAGACAACCAGACGCAUGGGAACUGGACCGACAGCACCACUGAGUACAAAGUGGUUAGUAUAGUUUUGGUAUCCCUAAUAUGUGGCGUUGGUAUAGUGGGCAAUGUUAUGGUUAUCCUGGUCGUCCUUACGACCAAACACAUGCGGACACCCACUAACUGUUACCUGGUUAGCCUGGCUGUUGCCGACCUUAUGGUCCUAACGGCGGCAGGGUUACCGAACAUCACAGAGAGUUUAUACGGAGAGUGGGUGUAUGGAUAUGUUGGAUGUCUCUGUAUAACUUACCUUCAGUACUUGGGGAUCAACGCUUCCUCGUGUUCUAUCACGGCGUUUACUAUUGAGCGGUACAUUGCCAUCUGUCAUCCGAUUAAAGCGCAAUUCAUUUGCACAUUGUCCAGAGCGAAAAAGAUCAUAGUGGCCGUGUGGACUGUUACCUCGCUCUAUUGUGUCAUGUGGUUCUACCUGUCAGAUUUGACAGAAUUAGUGUUUGAUAACAUUACUCUCGUCACCUGUGGAUACAAAGUACCGAGGAGCUUCUAUUUGCCAAUAUACUUCACGGAUUUCGCUGUGUUCUACGUUCUGCCCCUCCUUUUGGCCAUGAUACUUUACGGGCUCAUCGCAAGAAUCCUUUUCCUCAACCCACUGCCAGCUGACCCCAUAGAAAAGAGCAAAAAGUGGAAAAAGGAGUCCUGCUCAGGAACUAAAGCACUUGGCUCUAAGAACUCCUCUUGCAGUAGCACUACAGCGACCUCACGCAGGCAGGUGACAAAGAUGUUGGCUGUGGUGGUGAUUCUCUUCGCUCUGCUGUGGAUGCCCUACCGGACGCUGGUGGUGGUCAACUCUUUCCUGGCGCACGCCUACCUGGACACCUGGUUCCUGCUCUUCUGCCGGCUCUGCAUCUACCUGAACAGCGCCAUCAACCCGGUCAUCUACAACGCCAUGUCACAAAAGUUUCGCGCCGCCUUCCGCAAGCUCUGCCACUGCGGCCCGCAGCGCUCCGAGAAGCCGCCCACGUACAGCGUGGCGCUCACCUACAGCGUCAUCAAGGACACCUCCAACGGAGAGAGCCCCGACCACUUCACCACCGAGAUGGACGAGAUGGCCGCCCAUACCGAUCGCUUCCUCCCAGGCAGAAAGAGGCUGUCAUUUCAGGACCCACCCAUGCUUACUGGUCAAGUCGCCCAUAGCACUGCCUGA